GCGUUGCUUUUGCGCCGGAGCAGUCGCAUGUGUCGUUUCUCGGGCCCUAGCCAGCUAUAACCCUUUAAUGCAUGUGAGUGUUCCGUCAUUACAGGUAGACAGACAGCUCGCUGCAUCAUGGGGGCCAACAGCAGCACCCGCCGCGUGUCAUUCGAGUCGGACGAGAACGAGAACAUAACAGUGGUGAAGGGCAUCCGGCUUUCUGAGAAUGUCAUCAACCGCAUGAGGGAAGCUGAAGCUCCUCCUAAACCCCGACACGCCUCCACUCCACCACCUUCCAUGGCACCUUCCCUCGCUCCUUCUCCUCUCCUGCGGCCAGUUCCUCCCCUCUUUGAUCCCAUCACCUCGUUGCCUCCUCCCCCUCCUCUUGUAGCACCUCCAGCUCCUCCUCCUCCUCCACCAGCUCGAUCCGCCACAGAGACUGUGGCUGCACCUCCACCUCCACCUCCUCCUCAACCUCCUACGGAACAGGUAGCAGCACCCACCAUCACUGACAUGGUGCUUCCAUCCUCCUCACCCGCAGCUGCUGCCAGUGCUGUCGCUGCUCCUGCUUUUGAGCCUGUGGCGGCGCCUCCUCCCGCUGCUCCUGCUGCCGUUGAGCCAGUCAUUUUGCCGACAUCUGUCCCUCCUGCUGCUCCCAUUGCUCCCCCGAUUCUUGCCCCAGCUGUGGUGGAAGAGAUCGCUCCGCUUGCUCCUCCUCCCCUUGCAAUCGAACCCUCUCCUCUUCCCAUAAAUCAAUCUGUUGCUUCUUCUCCUCCAGUAAUUGAACCCAUUGCUCCUAAACAUGUGAUUGCUCCUUCAUCUGUAGCUGAACCCAAACCAGCUCCUCUUCCUGUCAAGAUGGAGCCCAUCAUUGCUCCUCCUCCUCCUCCUCCCGAAUCAGAACCCCUCCCUUCCCCUCCUGUUCUUGAGCCUGUCGCCAUCCUGCGUCCUUCAGGGGACACUUUGUCCCUGCAGCCCGCUCAGCCAUUUGCUGCACCUCCUCUGUCUGAGUAUACUGCUCCUUGUGAACCAGUUGCACCUCCUCCUCAGCCCCUAGUGGACCCAGUGUUCCUUGCUCCUGCCCCUGAGCCAGUGGUAGUGCCUGAGUCCGUUUCUGUCCCACCACCACCACCACCACCACCUCCUGCUGCAGUCGUUGAUGAAGAGGCCCUGAGGAAGAAGAUCAGUGAUGAGCUGUAUAAAAGCUUGGAGCAGGAUCGGGCAAAGGCCGAGCAAGAGCUGCAAGCCUGGGUUGAGGCGGAGAAGGCGCGGGCAGCAGCCCAGGCUCAGGACGAUGCCCAGUCCCAGGUACAGGAUGAGGUGUCCAGGAUCCUGUCUGUGGAGCGGGCCGGGGCCAAGGAGAGCAUCCAGCAAGCUGUGUUAAGAGAGAGGAUCGCCACCGAGGACGAGAAACUCCGCGCUCAUCUCUACGCCAAGCAGCUGGGGGCCAGAGAAGCAGACCUAAACAAACAGGAUGCUUUCUACAGAGAGCAGGUGGCUCGGCUGGAGGAGAGGAGUGCUCAGUUCUACAAGGUCACCACAGAGAACUACCAUAAAGCUGCCGACCAAGUGAACGCCAAGUUCAAGCGGUAUGAGGCGUAUCCUGUGUGUGCAGACCUGCAGGGCCAGAUCCUUGCGUGCUACAAGGAGAACGUUGGCAAAACCCUGAACUGCUCCAACAUAGCGGCCCGUUAUCUACAGUGUGUCAACAACUCCAAACAGAACAAGUUGAGGACCGGGGGUUAAGGAAGAGAGAGCGACUAGUUCAUAGUGUGGGAUUACUGAUUAUCAACCGACCGACAAACGUGAGGAAUGAGUCGGCACCAAGACACACACCCUCAAAACCCCUGUGGAGACCCGAACCGGACCAGACUAGAGGCACAGAUCACAGCACCCUGAUAGAGAAAUGGACACGUUAUCCCCCUAGAGUCUUACCUCCUUCCCCCCUCCCUCUCUUACCUUUUGGCUAUCUCUCCUGUGAGUGUGUAGGGAGGCAAUGACGCAGUCUGCCAUUUUGGAGAAAGAGCAGGGACUGACCGGACCCUGCAGGCCUGAGUUUGGCCCACUAGAAGGACGGUUAAUAUGAACCGGAACAACCACAAGAAAGUAAUCCACCUCUGUUACAUCUCCUCUCACUUCAAUGCUAGGAAAAACAAAAAGUCUAUUUUUCACUCCUAAAAAGUCAGUCCUAUUUUGUUGUCCAUAAUUCAUUGUUUUCCUGCUCCUAAUGCACUAUCCUGUACACAAAAUACACAUGUAAGCAUCUGUUUAGCCGCCGCAUCUGUUCAUGUGAGUUUGAGUUGUGUUAAUAAUGUAACGAUGUGCGUGUUGAGUUUUCAUCCAGACCAACACACGUGACGAUGUCUGAUCACAGGAAAUAAAAGACGAGAACGA